UUGCUUCUCCUUCUCGUCCUUUGCAAAACUUUCUCCGAGAAGGAAGAGAGUGGGAGGAGGAGGAAGUGUUGAGAAGUAGAAGAAGGCGACCUCCGAUGGGGAGCUCAGCACCACCAGCUCAAAUCCCUACGAGCUUCGGCCACGAGCUGAGGGCCUGCCUCCGCUGCCGCCUCGUCAAGACCUACGAUCAGUUCAGAGAAAAUGGCUGCGAGAACUGCCCCUUCUUUAAGAUGGACGAAGACCCCGAGCGCAUUGUCGAUUGCACCACCCCCAAUUUCAAUGGGAUUAUUUCUGUCAUGGACCCUACUCGGAGUUGGGCUGCUCGGUGGCUGCGGAUUGGAAAAUUUGUUCCAGGUGUUUACACCCUUGCAGUUUCAGAGGCACUUCCUGAUGAUUUGCAGGCUUUGUGUGAGGAAGAGCGGGUGCAAUAUGCUCCUCCAAAACGAGUAUGAAGUCUAGUCCUCGGGCAUAAGAUAGGCCGGAGAGAUUGUCUUUGCCUAGAAACUACUUCUUCAGUGAGAAGAAGGGCUCACCGAUUUUGUAUCUAUAAGUAGAUCGAACUACUAACUUUUGAGAAGUAUGGUCAAAAUGGCUGCUCUGAGGUUCUUUUGGUCAAUGUGGUCUGAUAUGAUGGGAUGACAUUUUGAUCGAAGGAGGCUAAAAUGAUAAAAUGGAAUUCUCAGACUGUGUCUACUAACAAGACUUGAGGGAAGCAAUUUUGAAUGCAUACAAUUGCGCCUUCCAUUGCCGA